AAAUUUUGGUCCAACGUAUCCGCCCACAAAUAGUUUCUCGUCUGCAAGAAUGAGAGGACUUCAAAGUCGGCGCCGUGUUAUUCCGAUAGCAUUGAGACGAAGAGAACCCUAAUUUCGCGCUCAUCAUUUCCUUCACACGCCAUGGCGGCUUCGUCGACGGUGAUCGCAUCUUCUACUUCGUCCACCUUCGUUUCUGCAGAGCCCGAAACCCUAAACCAAGCCAAUAAUCCUUCGCCGCCCACCGACUCAUCCCAAACAUCAGAACUACCACAAACUGCCGGAAACUCCACUCCUUCAGAUUCUCCCUCUAACCCCGAGGAAACGGUUAUCGUCAUCGGUGAAGAUAUUUCGGCGGAGGAAAACGAGGAAGCGGAGGAGGAGGGGGAGUGCGGGUUCUGCCUUUUUAUGAAGGGAGGCGGCUGCAAGGAGCCGUUUAUCGCGUGGGAGAAGUGCGUGGAGGAGGCGGAGAAGACUGGAGAGAAUGUACUGAAUAAGUGCAUGGAGGUUACUUCUCUCCUUAAGAAAUGUAUGGACGAACACAGCGACUACUACGAGCCCAUCCUCAGGGCCGAGCAAGAAAUGGCGGAUGCCGUGUCUGAGGUCGGGACGGAAAAGGAGCUAGUUGAGACGGAAAAGGAGCUUGUUGAGACGGAAAAAGGAGCUAGUUAAGGGAGCAGAUACAUAAUUCUGAUUCAAAUACUCAUUCUUGAUUUUGAUUCUUCGGAGGUAUAUAGGGGAUUACCCUGACUUUCCUGUUUCUUAGGGCUGCUUUAACACAGUUUUGGAUUUCAGCAAUAACACGAUACUUGUGAGUUCUUGAAUUCUGUAAGAGACAUUUUUGCAACGGCAUACACAUUUUUUUUCUUGCAAAGAGGAACUAGUUAUUUGUUUGAUCAAUGCCUC